AAUUAGGCCGGUUCUAGCCCGCCGCUAGAUGCGCUGUAAUUUUCUGCUAAAAUCCCUACCACAAUGACCGUAAACCUUUGAACCAUCGUUCUCUCGUGUACAGAAUAAUGAAACGUGUUCUCUUUCACGGUCACAAUCACCAAGCUCCACGAUCUAUCGCGUGAUUUUGAAAAAGAAUAAGAGGAAUACAAGUUGUACGACACAACGCUUGAAAAUGGGUGGCAUUAUACAACUGUUGAUAUUGACUGUUCUGUGUGCGAGUGUCGGUAAAGUGCAGGGCGAGUGUAGACAUGUGAACAACGAUGACAUGAUAGAAUAUUCAUGUGUUGGCGGUCAGCUAUCCGAUUUGAACGACCUUCCGGAAUCGACUGGAAAAAUUCGAAUCUCGUCGAUGCCAGUGUCACGGAUAACAACAGACACGUUCGCAAGAUUCGGUUCCGAGCUCUGGGUCCUUGGUUGCUCCGACUGUGGAAUAACUGACAUUGAACCGGGUGCCUUGCAGCAUCUAACGAAUCUUCAGCAAUUGAGUCUGGACAACAAUCACCUGACCACAAUUAAGGAACCUUGGUUCAGGGGUCUGAAUUACCUAACAUAUUUGGACCUGAACUAUAACAACAUAGAAACCAUCGACGACGGUGUGUUCAAGAACCUACCCAGUCUGGUGGACCUACGGCUUUCCGGUAAUCGAUUGCAGUGCCUGAAUAUAGGAGCUCUGACGAACCUGAAAGACCUUAAGAGAAUGUUCCUGACCGAGAACUCGGAGUUCAAGUGUCCCAACGCUGUCAGCACCUACCUGGAGAAGCAUGGUGUGAGUUUCGAAAGAGACCCUGAAUGGAACCGAAUCACUAAAGAUCUGGUCCCAGCGGAUAUCACGUACGAGUACGACAUCGACUACGAUAGCGACUACGAUGACACGACCACAGUUCCAAUAACAACACCUCUGCCCGCGUAUCGGGAGAGGCUGCAUCUGACACCAGUGACUCCAGUCCCGGUCGAAUCAACCCCAUCGUAUGUACCGCAAAGGCUACAGACGACAGAAGAGGUUGUGUAUCGUCCAGUAUACGAGACUCCAGAUUGGAGGACAAUCCCAAGACCCAGACCAACUUCUCCGUCGAUCGAAGAAGAGCGUACGACGAUGGGACCGUCCUACGAGGAUACUAAGACCUACCAUCCCCCAAGAACAAUUUUACCCCUAGACAUUGACACCUAUCCACCGAAUCCGACCACGCCGUUGAGCGUAGACGAGACGACCUUGAGAUCUUGGCCGAGAUUCCCCGAAAGCACCAGUGCCAGACCAGAAUUUCCACUUUACCCACCCCAUGAGAACGAGGAUCAACGUUACGAACAACCGUAUUAUUCGAGCGAAGCCAGCAGCCCGUUCCCGUUGGCACCUGGCCCAGCUGGCGACCAAGAAACCUCGCCAUUCGCGGAAUCCAAUGUGGAGCAUACCACCGACGAACCGUACAAGCUCGACUGGCAAGAGAGGAACACCGUGUCCUGGGACAAUUACCCGAUCGUGGACACCGGACCACCGGAGUACAGGGUUCCGCCUACGGACGAUUCGGGCCCGACUCAUGUCGUUCGACCUUUGCCGCCAGAAAUGAUUCAACCGGCCUCGCCGGACAAUGUUUAUCAGCCGCCCUAUUACCAACACACCGUGACCGUUCACGGGCCGCCUUCCGCGAGCGAUCCGAGGACCAUCAUGGGAGCAGAGGGUGUCCAAACGACCACCGACAAACCGUUGCCCAAUUGUCCCAAUUCAUCGUCGCCGUUCCAACGAUCCAUAUCCCUGUUGGUCGUCACGGUUCUGAUGGUUCUGGUCGCCGGUGGUUUUGUGGAGGGAUUUUAGCUAAAAAUUAUAUCCAACGUUAAUAGUAACUUGUAUCGACGAAACGAAUCGCUAGCGCGCACCUGUGCGGACAUUUACGUAGUUCGCCGCCGUUGUAAAUUGUUAGUCAUGGGACAUUGAGGAUGAUGUCCAUUAAACAGUUAAACGUAAGGACACUGGGCUGGGUGAUUGGUGUGCAGCUAAAUUCAGCGUUUUCUAUUCGAAGGGAACCCGUCUACAAUCUACGGUGGAUUGGUUCUAAUGGAUACCGCAGUGCCUGCAGUGAUUAUAGCUGGGCGAGGGAAGCAAAAGAGGCCGAACGUCUGGAUAAGAUGCUGAAGAUCGAAAACGAGGAAAACGCAGCUGC